AACAAAAACAAGAAAAAGAAAAAAGAAAAAUGGCCGCCCCCGAAAUCUCCUCCUCCUCAGCAAAAACCUACGGCCGCGGCGGCGCCGGCAACAUCAACUCGCGCCCAACCGCCCAACUCCAAUCCAGCGAUCUCCAAACCCCCACAAUCAAAUCCUCGACCUUCACGACCGGCCGGGGCGGAGCAGGAAACAUGGCCAACGCCAACUCCACGGCGCCCGAAGAAGCGCGUCUACGUCAAGACGUCGAAGCUCCCAAAGCGCAUGGGAAAGAACUGGAAGGCACGUAUCAUUGGGGACGAGGAGGACAGGGAAAUAUGACGACUUUGGUGAGAACGCAAUCGGGGGUGGCGGGUGAGGGGGAUAAUCUUAAUACUACCUCUAAUAAGAGUGGGAACAGAAGUGGCAGUUUUGGAGGAAUUGUGAACAAGGGAAGGGAAUUAUUGGGUUUGAAAAAGGAUUAUAAUAACAAGGUGGCACAGGAAAGUGCUGUUGAGUAGAUUUCCUUUUUUUUUUCUUUUUUAAAAGAAAUUCUCUUUUUUCUUUUCUUUUGCAAGAGAGAGAAAAAAAGAGAUACCCCUGCGAUAUUAUGGCGUUGGAGGAUCUCUACAUACUACCUACCGUUUUCGAAGGGAUGUAGCUUUUCAGAAUGGGGGGAGGGGGUUUUGGUUCUGGUUACAAUAACAACAGUACGAGAGCAGCUCGGGAUAAUUCGACAGACGACAAAA